AUGCAUCACAGCAGCCCCGGCCAACUCGCUUCUCCUCCCAUACUCAAAUCCCGCCUCUCCCUCCCCUCUCACCUCCGUGUUGCAAGCCCCCUCCGAUCUCACUGCUGUGGAAAUCUCUGUCGCGCUCCCCUCCUGCCCUUGUCUCUCACCUUGACUUUGCUGCCCAUUCCUUCCCUUCCGCUGCCCCUUCCUUCCCUCCCGCUGCCCCUUCCUUCCCUCCCGCUGCCCCUUCCUUCCCUCCCGCUGCCCCUUCCUUCCCUCCCUCUGCCCACAUACGUGCAGGUCCUCACAGACGCAUCAGCAGCCCCCGCCAACUCGCUCCUCCUUCCUGCCUCCUCCCCUUCCCCGCUCUCUCACGUCUGGCGAGCCCCUUCCGAUCUCACCACUAUGGAAACUGCCAUCGUGCUCUCAACCCCCAUCCCUAUCCCUCGCCUCUACUGUUACCCCCAUGUCCUUCCCUCGCCCACACAUGCAGCCCCCUCCGAUCUCACCGCUGUGGAAAUCGCAAUCAUUCUUUCGACGCCUGCGCUUGUCUCCCGUGUCGUCCUGCACUCGGGCCUGCCUCAGUACACGCCCCAUCACACCCCCAAGGUUCGCAUUUCCCUCAGCACCACCAUCGACCAAUCAGAGCGCACCACAAUAGGCCUCUGGGACCUCCCCUCCUCAGCCGCAGCCGCCCUAUCUGACGCCAAAUCAAAUCCACACUCCGAGCUGAUCUUAUCCUACACCCUGCCCGCCGCCGCCGCCCCCUGCCGGAUCAUCUGGCUGAAAUUUCUCCUGCCCGAAGUCCGUCAGCUCGGCGCUGCAGCAUCCUCCAUCUGGGCUCGCAGAAUCCGCGUUUACGGGCAGAAAACAUUUGGUGACCCGACAGGAAUUGAUCCCGUGACCUCCAGUGGGGCUGCUUCUGUACCCAUGGGAGCAGUCGUUGGUGGUGCCCCUGCUGCUGCUGUUGGGACGAUGGGCCCUGCUGGUGCUGGCGGUGCUGCUGCUGGUGGCACGAGUAGGUGGGAGUACCAGCAGUUUCUGGAGGCCCCUGCUCCAAUGAGCCGAUCACGGACCCCAGUCGAAGGGGAGAGAGUGUGGGCAGGAGGAAGGAUUCUCGAACUUCUUCUGCCCGUCUCCUCUCCUCCAAUCUCGGGUAUCCGGCUAGACGCGCUACCAUUGGACCGUUCCGCCGGAAUGUUUCUCUCGCUGCCCGGUGCAGCAAACGGCGGGCCGUUGGCUCGGGCAGCUAGGGGCGGGCUCAUGGAUGAGUGGGGGGCGUUCGUUGUCCCAUUCCGGCUCAGGGUAUCGGCCCGGCAGGACUCCUUUGGGCCUGCCACGGUCAUCACGGAAUCUAUUCUGCCCGCUGCCCGACCCAACACGCCUCUCUACUUUGACUUCUCUCGACCAAUAGCGGGCAUCAGAAUUCUUUCUGUUGAACUCAUAGGCGAUCUCUAUUCCUCCAAAGAAGACCUUACCACCACCACCACCACCCCUUCCUCCUCCUCCUCUUCCUCCUCCCCUUCCCCUGCUCUUGGCACCACAACAGCAGCAGCACCAGGGGCGGAUAUAGAGGUGUCUCUGGGGCCAUUAUCGCUGGCGGGCCGUGUUCGAGCGUAUCGCUAUGCUCCUGCGGGCGACAUGGCGGGAUGGUCUCAGCUGGCUGGCGUGUGA